AUGGCCGCACUCGUCAAAAAGCAGAAGGUCGAGGAGGAGGACCAGCAAAUCAUCAAGCCCGAGCACAUUACCCCCAGCGUCGACACAAGCGACUGGCCACUGUUGUUGAAGAACUGGGAUCAACUCCUCGUCCGCACUGGUMACUUCACCCCGAUCCCAUCCGGAUGCACCCCUCUCAAGCGCGACCUCAAGUCGUACGUCUCGUCUGGUGUCAUCAACCUCGACAAGCCCUCCAACCCCUCCUCGCACGAAGUCGUCGCCUGGCUCAAGCGCAUCUUGCGCGUGGACCGUACCGGCCACUCCGGCACUCUCGAUCCCAAGGUCACUGGAUGUCUGAUUGUCUGCAUUGACCGCGCCACACGUCUCGUCAAGAGCCAGCAGGGUGCUGGUAAGGAGUAUGUCUGUGUGCUCCGUCUGCACGACAAGCUGCCCGGCGGCGAGUCGCAGCUAGCACGUGCCCUCGAGACACUCACCGGUGCUCUCUUCCAGCGUCCUCCGCUCAUCUCCGCCGUCAAGCGCCAGCUCCGUAUUCGUACUAUCCACGAGAGCAAGCUGCUAGAGUUUGACAACGACCGCCAAUUGGCUGUCUUCUGGGUAUCCUGUGAAGCCGGUACCUACAUCCGAACUUUGUGUGUCCACUUGGGUCUCCUCCUCGGUGUGGGAGGUCACAUGCAGGAGCUGCGUCGUGUACGAUCUGGAGCAAUGGACGAGAAGAGCGGCAUGGUCACCCUUCACGACUGCCUCGAUGCGCAGUGGCUAUACGACAACCAGCGCGACGAGUCCUACCUUCGCACUGUUAUCAAGCCAUUGGAGACAUUGCUCACCACUUACAAGCGUAUCGUCGUCAAGGAUAGCGCUGUCAACGCGGUCUGCUACGGUGCCAAACUCAUGAUUCCCGGUCUGCUCCGCUACGAGGCUGGAAUUGAGGUUCACGAGGAGGUUGUCUUGAUCACCACCAAGGGUGAGGCCAUUGCUUUGGCUAUUGCACAGAUGAGCACCGUUGAGCUCUCAUCAUGCGACCACGGAGUCGUCGCCAAGGUCAAGCGCUGCAUUAUGGAGCGCGAUCUAUACCCAAGAAGAUGGGGAAUGGGACCCAUUGCGACCGAGAAGAAAAAGAUGAAGGAGAGUGGUAAGCUUGACAAGUAUGGCCGCACCAACGAGGCAACACCAUCCGCAUGGAAGAAGGAGUACAAGGACUUCAACGACCCCGAAGGCGUCAACGGCACAAACGCUCGCAAAGAGUGGAGUGAGCAACAGGCAGGCGAGGGCGCUGUUGUCAAGGAAGAGGCUACCAAGAAGGAGGACGUCGAGAUGGCCGAGUCAUCUGCACCAGUCAAGGAGGAGAAGAAGCGCAAGCAUGAGGGCGAGACACCCGAGGAGAAGGCCGAGCGGAAAGCGAAGAAGGCUGCGAAGAAGGCCAAGAAAAAGUCCAGGGAGUCGGCGGUCACUGCAAACGAUAGCGACGACAGUGAUUAA